UGUUGUCCACCGUACCGAUGCGUAAAUAUCCCAAAGAAAAGAAAAGUCAUCUUUACAGAUCACCAAGGUGACUGUGCAGUGGCGUGUUUGUUGUUUUCGCCUGUCAGGACGGAUGAUACCUGCCCGUCAUCAUGCAUCUGUGCCAGAGACUCCGGGACUGUGACCUGCCGUGAUGGGGAGGACACCGAGGUACCUGGAAACAUACCGGAGUGGACGUCCACCCUGAUACUCAAGGGGAAAAACAUUUCAACUUUACAGCGUGGUGCGUUCAUGAACAACGGGACGGAAUUGGAAAUGACGGCACUCUCGCUAUCCUAUAACGGGAUAAAGGCUAUUGAGCCUUACGCCUUCCUGGGACUCCCCCGAUUGCAUAUGCUGGAUAUGAGCCACAAUCAACUGGAGUCUAUCUCAGCCAGGGCUUUCCACGGGUUACUGGAGCUGCGCUCCCUUUACCUAAAUCACUCUAUUUUGCCUCCGGCCACAGAGCAGCUCUCACAUGCGCUCAGCACUUUGCGCAACCUCCACAGACUGGAGUUGGCGGGAAACAUGCUAAAGGCUAUUCCCCUAUUAGAUAUGUAUAAUCUUCACGCGUUAGUGCUGAUAAAUAACUCAAUAGAGAGCAUAGGGGGGAGAGAUGUAACCAUUUUGUACCAGCAAAGGCGCAUACGCAUCUACUUGUCUUUAAAUCCGUUUCGGUGUAACUGUGAACUGGAGGCGUUUUACUACUGGUUGAAAAACUCAUCCCAGUGCCCGGAUGCAGGGCGACUCCUGUGCAGCGAGCCGGAGGCCAAGAGAGGGGUUCCUGUGGAGAAGCUCCGGGAAGAGGACGUGGAUUGUAUGAACGAGAACCUUGAGGCGGUUUCAUACGUGUUCCUCGGUAUAGUGUUGGCUCUGAUCGGGGUGGUGUUUCUAAUGGUGCUGUAUCUCAACCGGAGAGGCAUCAAACGGUGGCUCAACAAUAUUAGAGAGGCGUGCCGAGACCAGAUGGAGGUCUACCAUUACCGCUACGAGCAGGACUCUGACCCGAGACUGGCCAACGUGGCUGUUUGACCUACUGAAACAUCAGGCCAAUGCCGAGAGGCGAACUGGAGUACGUUAUCAAAGACUAGGGGGGUUCCCAGGCAGUCCUGUUACAACCAAAAUCAAUAGUUUAUACAGCCGGUUUCAUCAUUUUUCAGCAGCUGGCCAAUGAACUGCAUGUGGUAGGCUAUCCCUCUCACACUAGGAUAAGCACAGAGCCAAACAGUUUAAUGACUAUAAGGGACUAAUAAGUGUUCAUCUUGCACAACUGAAUACUACUAUUUCUAACCACUAUUGUAUCUCCUCAAGAGAGGAAUGCUUUCCAUGCAUCAUGUUAACAUAUUAGUCUACUGCAGCUUGUCAGACUAACUUAGUAUUAUUUAUCUUAUUAACCAAGUGACAAAUAUACAGUAAAGGUAUGUACAAUUUCUGAUUUGAGAAGCUGGAAUGAAAUAGUGAAUUAAUGUAAUUACCAAAAAAAUUGCAGCCCUUGCAAAUUGUUGCAAACGAAUGGCCUACAUUCAGGAAACCCCACAGGGAGAACAAGGUAUUCCUGUUUAUAAUCUACUGAGGGAGUGCAUAUUGCAAGGGAGAGAGAGACUGGGGCAGGGAAGAUGAGGCAUGGAAGCUGGUAAGUGCCAUGUUCGUGCAAGCAGGCAAUGCUGGAGUAAACUGUCAUAUUUCAUCAUCAAGAACAUAGGCUACGUUACCAACCUUGUCUCUCUGAACAGCCUUUGAUCACAGAAAAAUAACACCUGUAUUAUUUGACACCAGGACAGUUUAUCAGUGAAGUGGCAAAAGAGGAAAUGACAGAAUCUAACCAUGCAUGUGAUUGUUGUAGGCAUAGAAAAUCAACCAAGACAUUAAUAAAAGGUCAAAUAAAAA